GCACCACCUGCAACCAGCGAGACCUAGCCAGAUGACACCUAUUCCCUGUAGGGAUGUGCAGCUCCUCAAGUUAUUUCUACUUCUACUGAUACUUACAGGGACUGCCCAGGAUGAACCUCGGAUCCUUGGAGGUCAAGAGUGCCCCCAGCAUGCUCAACCUUUCCAGGUCAUCCUCUCCAACAGGAAGGAAAAUGAGCCUGAUGUCCAGUGUGGUGGAGUCUUGAUAGACAAAGACUGGGUACUUACUGCAGCUCACUGUGACCAGCAGGGGGAUAUUCAUACCUGGAUGGGUGAUUACAGCCUUCGAGACAACAAGGGCUUUGAGUAAUGCAUCACCUCUGUGCAGAAAUUCCAACAUCCAGCCUUCAAUCCCAUCACACACGACAGUGACCUCAUGCUGCUAAAGUUGCACAACUCCACCAUUAUCAACCAGUAUGUCCAACCCACUGAACUGGCUACCGAAUACGCUCAGCCUGACACUCCUUGUGAGGUAUCGGGCUGAGGCACCAUCAAGUCACCACAAGGUACAGUUGUCAGACGGUGUAGUUGACUAGAGCAGCAUUUCUCAACUCUGGCAACUUUUAAAUUAUGUGGAGUUCAACUCCCAGAAUUCUUGAAAUAUUUUUGAAUUCUGAGAUAUUUCUGAUACACCAGUCUUUGGGGGUGAGGAAGGCCUAUGAGAGGUGGUAAAGGGAGGUGAAGAAAGACAUUGCUAAAGCAUCAAAGACUGCUUGAGCAGGUCUAAGUCCCAAUAAAUUCUUCUUACUGGAUUAUAAUAUCAAAAA